AUGCGGCCCGGGCCCACGCUCCUCCUGCUCCUGGGCCUGGGCCUGGGCCUCCACAGCCUCCCUCCGCGCCCGGCUCCUCGCGGGGCCUGGGCUUUCAUCGCCGCCCCCGGCCCUGGGGCGCCUGGGGCGCCUGCGGCGGCCCACGGCUCCCGGCCCGAGGCCCGACCCCGCGACCCGCCAGGGGGCAAGGCCGCCACACAGCACUCAGCCGGGGGCGCCUGGGGCCUCAGAAGGCUAGGCGGCCACACCCACCUCAGCCUGCGACCACGCGUGGCCGUGAGUGGUGGCGUUGUCCUGAGCGGUGGCCGCGGCCUCUGCUUCUCCCGCGGCCCCUGGCGGCGGGCACAGCGGCCCUGCCUCCACGUGCACGUCCUGCUGCGCGCGCCCCGCGCCCGCCGCGCCACGCCCACCCACGUGGACCUGCGUCUGGACGCGCCUCGGGGCUCGCUCUCCCUGCAGUGGCUCACCCCGCUGCGGCGCUCCCUCGGGCCUCUGGAGUGGACUUUCCGCCUCGGGCCGGUCAGCUCCACGGUCGCCUCCGCCACCGCCGCCGCCGCCGCCGCCCACAUGUCCCCGCGCUCCAUUCCGAGUGGGGACCCUCGGCCCUACGCCGGCUUCGUGGCCCACACCGAGUGUCCUACAGAUGGUCUCAGGCCUGUUGUCUUAGAAGCUGUCAAGGUGGACAGUUCCCAAGCCAUGGCGACCUCCGUGUCCUGCCAGUUAUCAAGACAGGCCCCUUGCGUUAUCAAAAGGGUCAAGAUCAAUACGGAUAAAGACGGUGCCCCCCUGGUGUUGACGAGGAAGACGGAAGUUUCCGUCAAUGCCACCGUCCUUUACGACUGCCCGUCCGCUGAGUUCACGCUGGAGGAGUGGAAAGUCUUUUCCGUGCCCUCUCUCUCUGAUGAGCCGGACUGGUCUAACCCUCUGCGGCUGCCACAGCUCCAGUCCAGGCAAACGUCGGUCCUAAACAUCCACAGGGGUGUUUUACCGCUGGGCGUGUACGUGCUCGCUUUCUUUCUGAAGCUGAGAAUACCUGGGGAUGAGUUGGGCAGCUCCGACCGCAUCUAUGUCACUGUUGUUAGAAGCCCCCUGACUGCGGUGAUUUUCGGGGGUCCCGACAUGACAAUUAACUUCGCAGACCAGCUGCUCCUGAACGGGGUGGCGUCCUCCGACCCCGACGCAGACAGGCCCCUGCUGGGACUGCGGUUUACGUGGUACUGCACGACAGACAGGAGGGACUAUGAAGGAGAGGAAAUCAAAGUGAUGAGCAGCAACGUCUGCCUCCCAGAGAUGGCGGACCUGAAGUGGCCCCGGGCCUCCGACCCGGUGCUCCUCCUGACACCGCGGACACUCAGAGGCGACCAAGUGUAUUUUUUCAGAAUGGUGAUACAGAAGGGAGACAGAACAGCCUUUUCAGAUAAAAGGGUCCAUGUGCUCCAAGGGCCAGCACCGAUAGCAAGUAUUUUGUGUACUGAAAAUUGCGAUCCGAUUUUGGUUAUAUCAGACAGGUUUACCUUGUCUCUACGUUGCACAAACUGUGAAUUAAUCCGCGAUGUCUAUAAGUGGUCGAUUCUGGCACCUUCAGGCAAUGAGGUGGUAUUUGAUUGGAUGGGGCAAACUUCAACAGGAAGGGAGAGCGAUUAUUUGUCUAUAAAAGCUUUUGCUUUUAGGGGCUUUUCGGAAGCUAAGUUUUGGCUUUCUGUAACUAUAGCAAGUUGGAGUGGCGCGAACUUGGACCUCUGGUAUCCCUUUAUUAUUAACCAUGCGCCUGAAAUCGGAGAGUGCAAAAUUAAUCCAGCUAGUGGAAUUGCAUUUUAUACUAAGUUUGUUGUCCAGUGUAUUAAUUUUAAGGAUCGGAACGUCCCUCUUACAUAUAAAAUGAUAGUGUCUGAUCUGCACGGUUUUGGAGAAAUCAGCUCUUUGAAAGAGAACACCUUGGGGCCCGUCCUGUACAUGGGUCACGAGCCCACGUCACCCCCUUCCUUCCUCCCCGUCGGCGUGCUGGGCGGUCACUAUGCCAUUAAGGUCUUUGUCCAGGUGUAUGACUCUACGGGAGCAUUUUCUCAGGUGGCUUUGUACGCCACUGUGCACGCUCCUACUGACAACAUCUCACCAGAGACCAUGAUGCGUAACUUACGCGAUUUCACCCUGGGACAGGAUUCAAUGAUGUCUACUUUGCUUCAACAGCAAGAAUUUUUGCCCGCAGGCUACUUAAUGUACAUGGUAGCCUCCAUUUUGAACAGCAUGAGAACCGAAUCCACGCUGCAAGCAGACAAAGCCAGACUCCGGGAACACCUCGUCAACGAGUCCUUCGCUCUCCCCACGCGCACUCUGCUGGAAAUCGGCCAGGUAGCCUCGGCCAUUGCUAAGUUAACCCAGAAAUCGUCUGAAUUCACUCCCGUUGCUCAGAGACUCGCCACGGAGAGGAUUUGGCAAGCAAAUCAAGCCCUACAACAGUAUCAACAAAAAGAUAAAGAUGUUCACUCUGAACAAAUAGAAACCGUGAGCACUGGGAUAUUAACAAGCCUGUCCAAUAUCCUUAAAAUGGCUAGCCGUCACGAUGUUUUUGACGAUCCUUUCUACGUCAUGCAGUCCCUAGCAGACACAAUCCUGGCCGGGAAAGUGCCGGGAAAUGAAAUCACUGCCAUGAGGACCCCGAGCUUUAACAUGUACGUCAGGAAAAUGGAAAGGUGGCUAGUUACCAGCAUCCCGGGCGACGAGAAACACAGUCGCAACUGGGUUCGUCCGACGCUCAAUGUGAGCAGUACUCCUGGUUUGUCUGAAAACGCUCCCAUUUCUAUGAUGUUUUGUGAGUUUGCAGAUGACCCCUUUCCCUGGCUGAAUGAUCAGGAGAGCAUGUCGGCAGACGUGGUUGGCUUCCGAAUGACAGGAACCACCGCGAGCGGAGACGCGCUCGAGCUCAUGCCUGACGAAGUGGACGUGUACCUGGGCAGGAAAAACUUGAGCGCUUCGGCCUUUCAGCUCACAGUGGGACCCGACAACCAGCCGAACGAGGCGGAUGAGGCCUUGAAAAGGACGACAGGGGCCUUCCGCUUCACCGUGGACAGCAGAGCCGUGAGGGAGCUGUUGGUUCACAUCGUGACGGAGGUGACCGUGCUGUUCACCGUGUCGGUGUACGCCGGCGGUCAGAUCGCCCCUGCCGCGCUGGUCGCCACCUUCCUGGUGCCCCAUGACAUCCCUCCAGUGGCCAACCAGAACGGCCUGUUUGACCCAGCCUGCGCAGUGAAGGUGGCCCGCGUGGUCUGCUUCCCGCCGUCCUUGCUGCAGGUGGUAGCUCAGCGGGGCCACUCGCCCGAGUGCUCCAUAGCCGUGGUGCUGCGGGCGCCCCCGUUUGUCAUGAAGCCCACCGACAAGCUGGUGAGAGUUUCGCUUUUCAGCGUUCACUGCUUGGACAUGCAGGGGAUCCAGAGUGACUGGAGGGAAGACGCCUGCGUCCUCAGGGAGAAGACCGCCUGGGACAGAGUGCACUGCGUCUGCAGGCACCCGCGCAGGGCCCGGCGGCAGCCGGGCACAGUGAGGCUGUCCGACGUUCACCUGCACAUCCGCUACUUCACGGCCAGGGUGAUCGUGGUCCCCAACCCUGUAGAUCUGCGGCUGGAGGUCAUCCGGAAGGUUGGCCAAAACCCCGUGACCCUCUUCACUGUCCUUUUCAUCCUGCUCGCGUACACGGCCCUGGCCUUCUGGGCCUUGCACAGAGACGAAACCGACCAGUUCCUUCGGGACCACGUGGUACUUCUCCCUGACAACGACCCUUUUGAUAACGUGUGUUACCUGGUCACCAUUUUUACAGGAAGCCGCUGCGGGUCAGGGACCAGGGCCAAUGUCUUUGUCCAGCUUAGGGGAACAGAAGGUACCAGCGCCGUGCACUGUUUAAGCCAUCCGCAUUUUAAAACUCUCUACCGAGGGAGCAUCAACACGUUCCUCCUCACGACAAAGAGUGACCUGGGGGACAUCCAUUCCAUCCGUGUGUGGCACAACAAUGAGGGCAAAGCCCCCAGCUGGUACUUAAGUCGAAUCAAAGUGGAGAACCUCUUCAGCAGACACAUCUGGCUGUUCAUGUGUCGGAAGUGGCUUUCUAUGGACACCUCUUUGGACAGAACGUUCUACGUCACUGAACCCAACACACCGCUGCUGAGAGAAGACUUCCUCCUGAUAGACAUGACGACUAAGCUGGGGCAAAAUCACAUGUGGUUCUCCAUCUUUGCUGGUGUCAUCGACGACGGCUUCAGCCGGCUCCAGCGGCUGUCCUGCUGCCUGGCGAUGCUGCUCUCCUCCCUCGUGUGCAACAUUAUGUUCUUUAACCUGAACCCAGAAGAGGAGGAGGGGCCCGAGCAGAACCGGUUCAUGCGGUCAAUGGUCAUAGGGCUGGAGAGCGCCGUGAUCACCCUCCCUGUGCAGGUGGCCAUCACUGGGUUGUUCACUUAUUCGCAGAGGCAGCCCCCGCUGCCCCUGGAUGCGGUGUCUCCCCAGAGGCACCCCGUGAUGGCGGCGGAAGCUGGGCACUGGGAGGAGCGUUUGGAAAAGUGGCACGCUCAGGAAACCACCGAGAAGCCUCCCCCCAGGGGAAGUCCUGGGGGCGGGCAGUCACCUGUCCAGGUGACCUUGAACGCAGGGCACUGGCGUGAGGAAGCAGAAAGCAAGGUCUCAGGUGCCCACGGAAUCAAUACAAAUGCCAAUAACGAGAACGUGGAUGACAGUCCAGAGCAUGUCCCCCCGCCCCCAGCGCACGCUCCGCCCCCCGCCAAUAAGCCAAGGAUCAUGCUGCCUUGGUGGUGCGUGUAUGUGGCGUGGUUCUUGGUUUUCGCCACUUCGAGUGUCUCCUCAUUCUUCAUUGUGUUUUAUGGACUGACUUAUGGCUACGAAAGGUCAAUAGAAUGGCUCUUUGCAUCGUUUUGUUCAUUCUGCCAGUCCAUUUUUGUGGUGCAGCCAUCUAAAAUUGUAUUCUUGGCGAGCAUGAGAUCGAACAGGUUCAAGUACUGUAAGAACCUUUCGUGGGUCAGCAGCUAUCGCUACACUGAGAUCCAGAUGCAGGACAUCAGGUUGUACCCGGACAAAAUGCAGGAGCAACACCAGCACGUCAUCCGCAUCCGAGGCACCAGGAUGUACCAGCCCCUCACGGAAGACGAAAUCAGGAUAUUCAAGAGGAAGCAGAGGACCAAGAGGCGCGCUUUGCUGUUCCUGGCUCACAUUCUAACUGACUUUGUCCUCCUAGUCCUUCUGCUGAACUUCACCGCUCUCCUCAACUGCACCGACAGCUUCUACUAUAACCAGUUCAUUCGUAAUCAGUUCUCUGAGGAUCUUGCCACGGUGACCAAGCUGGACGACAUCUACCGGUGGCUCAACAGUGUGCCAUUGCCUUUGUUCCACAACGACCUGAAUCCGACGUUUCUUCCUGACAGCUCCUCCAAAAUCCUUGGCCUCCCACUAAUGAGGCAAGUGAGGGCACAACCGUCUGAAAAGGCCUGUCCACCUGCCCAAAACGCUGUGCCAAACAGCAUCAAAGGAGAAAUUCACUGUCAUCCCAAAUACGGCACCCAUCCAGAAGACACGAAGAAUUACACCAGCUUUUGGAAGAAGGUCGAUAAGCGGACAACAGACAAGAACACCCAAGGCUUUACCUAUAAGCCUCCAGAAAAGAGGUGGGUGUAUUAUUCCUAUGGACUUCUGCACACCUAUGGGUCUGGGGGGUAUGCUUUCUAUUUUUUUCCAGACCAGCAGCAGUUUAAUUCCACGCUACGGCUCAAGGACCUCCAAAGCAGCAACUGGCUUGAUGAGAAGACGUGGGCUGUGAUUCUGGACCUGAGCACCUUCAAUCCAGACGCCAGUCUGUUCUGCAGCACCUCAGUCAUAUUUGAGGUCUCUCAGGUAGGAGUCGUGGACACCAGCAUAGCUGUGCACUCCUUCUCCCUGGGCGAUUUCGGUGGGAGGUCGUCAGCGGAAGCCUCCGUGUACGCAGCCAUUCUCGUGUUCUUCCUCGCCUUCACGGUGAUCGAGGGCUACAUCGUCUGGCAGGAGAGGGCCGCCUACGCGUCCCGCGUGUACAGCGGGCUCAGCGUUGCUCUGCAGUGUGCCUUCGUCGCCCUCAUUGCUCUGUUCUUCAGGAAACACUUCUUGGCCACUGGUAUCAUUCAGUUCUACUCAUCGGACUCUGCGGGUUUCAUGCCCUUCCAUGCUGUUUCUCAAGUGGAUCAUGUCAUGGGGAUCACUUUGAGUUUCCUGCUGUUUCUGACCAUUUUGAAGAUGCUCAGAUAUUCCAGAUUCCUCUAUGGUGUGCGCCUGGCUCAGAGGGCCGUUCACACUGCCCUGCCCGCCCUCUGCCACGUGGCACUCAUGGUGGCCCUGUGUUUCUUUGUGUACGUGGCUAUUGGCUGCCUGCUGUUCGGUCAGCAUGAAUGGUACUACAGCCACUUGCUCCACGCCACUCAGACAGUGUUCUCCUACUGCGUUGCAGCUUUUCGGGACACAGAGUUUUCCCACAGUAGGGUCCUCGGGGUCCUGUUCCUCUCAUCGUUUAUACUGCUGGUGAUCUGCGUGCUGAUCAAUUUAUUUCGGGCGACGAUCCUGUCUGCCCAUGAGGAAAUGAGGCAGCCCGUGUAUGAGGAACCAUCGUACGAAGUGGAAGCAAUGGCCUACUUGUGCAGUAAACUCAGGACGAUGUUUGGUUUCCUGUCCUUCCAAUCCAAGGCCCAGGGCGAACCCACGUUCUUCCCGGACAUGCUCUAUGGGCGGCCAGAGCAGCCCAGCUACCGCUACCUGGGGCUGAAGACCAGAAACAUUAAUGAGAGGAAGAUGGUGUAUCUCGUGGUGUGA